GGCGUUCGGCUGAUGGGGUCUCGGUCUCCAUGGUGACGGGCCGGGAUUUCCAGGCCGCAGAAUGUCGACAGUGUCUAAGGCGGUCUUCGGUGUUUCCGUGGUGCUGACAGUAGGGACGGUGGCCGGGGUCCAUUUUAAGCAGCAUCUGGACAAGGAGAGGUUGAGAGAAGGAGUUUUCAGAGACCUUGAACGACAAGCACGCAAAAAGGAGAAUCUUCGAAUUUUGGAGGAACAGAUUAGUCUGACAAAGAAAUUGGAAGCAGAUCGACGUCAGCAAAGUUCAUUGACCCCGGGAAGCUCUUAACAGUCUGAAAAGCAGUAGCCUCAUUUCUUUAAAUGAGCAGUGAUGACUUUGGAUGUUUUAUAAAUGACAGAUAUUUUUACCUACCAUAAUUCUAGAAAAACACGUCUUAAUAUUAUUUAACUUAUAAAGAAUAAAGCUGCUAUUUGGGUGAC